AUGGAUUUCAUCAAGAAUGCCGUCUCCGGUGGCUCCGGCUCCAAGGAUGAGUCCAAGGACACCAAGAGCUCUAGCUCCUCUGGCCAGCAGGAAGACUACGCCGACAAGGCCUUUGCCGCUGGUAUCAAGAAGUCCGGCUACAACAUCGACCGUAAUACCCAGGAGAAGAUCACCGACUUCGGCCGUGAGCAGUUUGAGAAGGCCACUGGGCACGUUAUCCACCUCACCACCAAGGACAUUCCUGACAAGUACUCCAACUAG